GUAGUUUUAUUUGGAAAAUCAAAAUCGAUAAAAAUAAUCUAUCUUAAUAAAAAUAAUAUAUACCUCUUAUAUUACCUCUUAACAAUUAAUUAAAAGCUUAAGCUUAACAAUGACCACAAAUCCCAAUGAAAGUUUUCAAAUUCACAAUUAUUCAUUUGCAGCUAUUUAUGCUUUUAUACAGAAAGUCAAAGAGUAUCCAAUGCUCUACAAGGAUCAUACCAAGAACGUCGAUACACAUUGGUCAGAAAUUGUUAGAUCUCUUUUGGAGAAUGGAGCCGAUUGUAUUCUUACUCAUUCGCAGAAACUCUAUUGGGAAAGAAUAUACCGUGGACUAUGGAUGUGGAUGCGUCAUAUCUUCACAAGGGACAUGGUGGCUAGAUACCUCGGGCAAGUUGGUCUAAGUCAAAAUCCGAAAUAUGUUUGGUUGGAAUUUUUAAGUUUCCUCGAACCGUUUGUUCAUCUGAGCGCAAAUUCGUUCAACUGCGAUACUGAUUUGGAUCCUUUUAUUUAUUUACAAGUUUUGUCCUCAGAAGAGACGACUUUAGUUCCAUAUAGUCAAUAUAUGCAAUAUUGGAAACAGUUUGAAGAGACUUUAGAUGCUGAUACAUAUUAUGUAUCAAUUUGCGUUCAAACUAUGGAUUAUUUGCCUUAUGAUGAUUUAAAAUUGGAACUUGAGCUUUUCUUGGAAAAAAUAAGUGAAAUUAAAGACAUUGCAAUGGAUAACAAAGAUGAUGAUGAUGACGAUUAUGAUAAUAACUAUGAUAUACUUCAAGACAAAGUUAUUGAGUUUUCACCAGUUUCAUCAACAACUUCGAGUGAUAUUAUCGAAGAACAAUUAAUAACGUCAUUGAUUGAAGAUACUGAAGAUUAUGAUGAUUUUCUGAGCUUUUUUAUUACGAAUAUUGAAAAGUCUGAUGAAUAA